GUGGCCCGAGCAAGAGUUGGGGAUCAGCGGCCUCUGGUGGCCGCGGGGACAGCUUCAGGCUGGAGGCUCUCACCCCUGGGUUCCCGAGAGCCGGACCGGGCUUCCCGGGUGCUCCCGGAGCAGCCUGGCCCGCGGGUUCUCCCUUCCCCCCGGGGAUCCCGCGGCAGGGGGCGGAGGAUCGCCCCACCGCCGGGACCCAGGUGCCGGGGCGUGGCCGGGUUGGGCGCAUCCCAGAGCGCGCGGGCGAGCCGUGCGCCCAGGCGCGGGGGGACCGGGAUUGGGCGCUCGCCGCUGGGUGCCGGGAAGGGAUGCUGCCGCCGCCGAGUCUUCUCGGUGGCCGAGGCGGGGGCACGGGGCGCGGGAUCCCCGAGCCGGAGUCCCGAGCGGGUGGGACCUGCUCCCCGCGCCCCCGGCGCCCCGACACGGCGCCAGGACACCCGGCGGCGCAGCCCCGCCCCGGCGCUACCUGCCCGGCCCGGGAGGAGGGGCGGCCCUGGCGAGCCUUGGGACCGCGCCCCCUGCUCUUUCCUCCCCUCCCCGGGCCCUGGCAGCCAGUCCCGGGAGGCGGCGUGGAGGGGCGGGCGUGCUGGGCCUGGGAACCUGGCGCCCGGGGUUCCGGAGGCGGCCGGAUGUGGGCUGGAUCUGCGGCCGGGGCGCUCCGGCCGCGCGAGGCCGAUUGCGGAUUUGGCUGCCCCGACACCCCGCAAGGUGCCCAGCUAUGUGGUCCCCCAGCCGCCGUCACCUCUGCCUGGCCUUCCUGCUAGCCUGUGCUCUCUCUGCCAUCUUCCUCCUCCACAUCCACCACGACCUCUUCCACAAAGGCCUACAUCUGUCCUUCCUGUGUCCAGACCGCUGCCUGGUGUCGUCCAUCUUCUGCCUGCCGGGCACGCCGCUGACCCCCGGCGCCUCCCGUUCCUGUCCCCGGUGCCCGGCCUCGCCCGCUGGCACCUGGACCAUCUACUCCGAUGGCCGGUUUGGUAACCAGAUGGGGCAGUACGCCACCCUGCUGGCCCUGGCCCAGCUCAACGGCCGCCAGGCUUGCAUCCCGCCCUCCAUGCACGCCACCCUGGCCCCUGUGUUCCGCAUCACCUUGCCCGUGCUGGCACCCAGAAUGGACAGGGACACGACGUGGAGGAAGGUGGAGCUGCACGACUGGAUGUCGGAGGAGUAUGCCCAGUUGCAGGACCCCUUUGUGAAGCUCUUUGGCUUCCCCUGCUCCUGGACCUUCUUCCACCAUCUCCGGGAACAGAUCCGCAGCGAGUUUACCCUGCACAACCACCUCCGGGAGGAGGCCCAGGGUUUCCUGAAUCAGCUUCGCCUGGGCCCGGCCAGGGGCCGCCCAGGCACGUUCGUGGGGGUCCAUGUGCGCCGGGGGGACUACCUGAAGGUGAUGCCCCAGCGCUGGAAGGGCGUGGUGGGUGACCGUGCCUACCUCCAGCAGGCCAUGGACUGGUUCCGGGCCCAGCACAAAGACCCCAUCUUUGUGGUCACCAGCAAUGGCAUGGAGUGGUGCCGGGAAAACAUCAACACCUCCCAGGGGGACGUGAUCUUUGCCGGCAACGGGCAGGAGGCCUCGCCGGGGAAGGACUUUGCGCUUCUCACGCAGUGCAACCACACGGUCAUGACUAUUGGCACCUUCGGCUUCUGGGCCGCCUACCUGGCUGGCGGGGACACCGUCUACCUGGCCAACUUCACCCUGCCCGACUCUGACUUCCUAAAGAUCUUUAAGCCCCAGGCUGCCUUCCUGCCCGAGUGGGUGGGCAUUGCUGCAGACCUGUCUCCACUCCUCACGAAGGCCGGGCCUUGAGAGGCGAGGAGACUUUCUGGAAUAACCAGAACAAUCUAGAGCAGGCAGGAUGCAUCUUCUGUGGCCUGGUGGCUUCUGGAGAAGCUUGUGGCUUUGGAGCAGAUGGGCACCACAUCUCCCCCUUCCCAUUUCUAGAGUGAUUCCAGGUGACCAGCCUUUGAGAGACGGAGGGCUUUCUGGAACUGCCUGAAUGUUCCAGAGCCAGCAGGACAUCUUUUCCUGAUGGCAGGCAAUGUCUGGAGAAGUUCAUGGCAGUUAUAGAAGCCACAGUGCCCUUCUGUUCUUUAGUCCAAAUCCAGAAUACUUCUAGAAGGGUAUACCCAGGAAGUAGGAAACUCUCUAGGGUUGACCAUCCUGGUGUUUUCUAGAAGAGGUGGUACUCCUCCCCUAGGUCUUAGGAGGACAGAAGGAACUUGUGGUUGUUCUAGAGCAAGCACUCAAUUCCCUCCUUGUUUCUGGAAUCAUUCUAGAGAGGAUUUGCUCUCUAAAGGGCCAUGUCUAAUACCUGGGAGGAACCCUGCAGGGCCUUUCCAGAGGGGGAGAGUUCUGGAAUUUCAGAUAACUUCAAGGAGGAAUCUAAUGAAACAACCAGAAACUCAGCACCACACCACUGCAAGAAAGAUUGAGAUGGAAGACCGGUAUCUAGUUGGCCAGCGUCUGGUACUGUUCCAAGGCUCUGAAAAAGCUAGGGCCAUUUACGAGCAGAGCAGAACUCUGUCCAACCUCAGGCACUGGGAAAAUCCAAAGGGGAUUGGGGGGUACACAGGCUAAAAUGUGAGGUGGGGGGUAUGGCUGCUGAAAUGCUGAAAUGCUGUAACUUCUAGAGUCGGCCUUUGCAGAGAUCCACGGACACUUUUUUUAGAAGUUUUUUAAGCUCAAAAACUGCCAAAGACAGAACUACACACAUUGGCUCCGAAUUCAAGCUGCCUCUCAUAAUGAAGAAACGUUCCUCCUCCGUAACUGGGCUGCUGGGGGUGCUGGGGGUGCUGGGAUCUGUUUUCUGGGAGGCAGCAGAGAAUAAACCUGCCCAUUGGAUUUGCAGAAAGCCACAGAUACUGUGCCUCUGCCAACCAUUGCCCCUGAACUCAGAAGCACUGAAUCUGGCUUUGGGCAAGUCCAGAAUGAAAGUCUCCUAAAAGUACAGAGAGCUGGGAGCCAGCUUCAAAUCCAAGCAGGAGCACAGGGUCUGGCCAAGGAGGACAGGAUCCCUGACUCAGAUUUCAGGAGCCCCUUGCUUUUUUUGGAGGGUGAAAGAAAACACCUUUAUUAUAGUCAACCUCUGCUCCCAUCCCCCAGCCACCCAUCUAAGAAUCCGAGCCCCUUCUCCAGGCUUCUCCAGGAGUUUUGGGGGACCAUUCCCAGCUCAGCUGCCACAGGUGAGAGAGAAGGAGGUGUGAAUUAAAAGCCACAUCUUCAA